AUGAGUAGGUGUGUCCAAACUUUUGACUGGUAGUGUAUGUUUAGCAAAUUUGUAACAUAUUGUACAAAUAGCAAUCCGUAACAUAUACAAAUUGUAAUUUAUAACAUAUCAUAUAAAAUGGAUGAUGGACAUCCACAUAUUAAUACAUACCAUACGCAAUGUAACGUAUCAUACUAAUUGGAGUGUCCCGGAUUCACGUUUACAGUGAGGGAUUCAAUUAAUCUGGCUAGGGCGCCCGGGUAGACAUGUUUCGUACCCGGUGAAAGUUGAUUGCAUUCGUUUUGGAACCGGACUGCCUCCCAGGCGUGAGCCAGGUGCUCUGCUCAAAACCCAAUGCGAAAUCGGCUUAAAACAAAAGUGACAUAAUUAAACACAUGGAGUAAUGAGUAGGAAUCUGUGUUUUCACAUGCAAAAGUGAUUGCUUUUGAUAAAAUCACUAUCUGCCUUCCCAAUGAAAACUGGUUUAAAAACUCAAACAUAUUUGAUGGAAAAGAGAUAUUGUAUGUUUCUUGAUGAUACACCAUGCUGCCUUGUUGAUAUGACCGAGAGGCGCAGAUUACUGUUCGAUUUGGGAAGGGCGCUCACCGCUUUUGCCCGUUCACAUCACGGGCCAUAGACCGGUGCCUCGCAUCUCAUUGUAAUCAAAUUUCCCCUAUGUUACGUCUACCCCUGAGUCCAGGUUGGCCAACCGUACUCUGCAUUGUGCUUUGAUCGUCCAAUCAAAAUAAGCCGGAUGAAGGAUGUGCUUAACUCAGCGUUUUCAUUGGCCAAGAAGACAAGCCAAGGCUUUGGAUGGAUUCAUCAGCACAUUGCAUACGUAAUAUGUGCGCGCUGGUCAUGAAUAGCUGAUGAACAUGGCAAGGACAGCUAAAAGGACAGACGAAGGCAAUGAAUACUGCGUAGAAAUAACCAUAAUGGAACAUACAAACUAUUUUUAGGGCGCGACCGAUUGUUUAUUAUCGUCACGCUUUAGUCUGUGACCUUGGGAUUUUGACAGAUUCGUUUAGAACGGGGGAUUUGGAAUCCUACAUAUCCGUCAUAUACCGCAUUCACUUUGCUAAGGUCGAGCCCACUUAGCAAUGGAUUUUAUCCUGAGCGGGGCAGCUGCCUGCGGGGCUUGCCUGUUCACAAACCCACUGGAGGUUGUCAAAACUCGGAUGCAAUUACAGGGAGAGCUCAAAAGCCGGGGGACAUACCAGAUUUACUACCGCAACGUUUUCCACGCUUUUUACACUAUCGGCAAAGUAGAUGGACUCGCUGGUUUACAGAAAGGUUUGGUACCGGGACUUGUCUAUCAGUUUUUUAUGAAUGGAGUGAGGCUUGGGUCGUAUUCAAUUAUUGAGUCAUCUGGAUACAUCCACACGGACGGGAGGGUUAGUGCAGCCAAGACCACAGUUGCAGGGGCUGCGGCUGGAGUAGUUGGGGCAGUGAUGGGAAGUCCCAUCUACUUGGUGAAGACUCACAUUCAGAAUCAGGCCACUUCCUCUAUAGCUGUUGGACAUCAGUAUCAACAUCAGGGGAUGGUCCAUGCUCUGGCAGCGAUCCACAAGCAGCAUGGUAUCCUAGGCCUGUGGAGGGGCUCCAGUGCAGCUGUACCCAGGGUCAGCGUGGGGUCAGCUGCUCAACUCUAUUCCUUCGCUGCCUCCAAGGAGCUUGUCAUCGACCUACAGGUGUUCCCAGAGGGCAGCUGGCUGGUGGCUCUGUGUGCAGGUAUGAUCAGCAGUGUGGUGGUGGUGGCAGCCAUGACACCCUUUGACGUGGUCAGCACACGGCUCUACAACCAACCUGUGGAUCAUACAGGCAAGGGAGAGCUCUAUAAGGGUUUUGGGGACUGCUUCUCGAAGACACUGAAGAAGGAGGGUGUGACAGGGCUCUACAAAGGCCUGGGUGCAUCCUACUUCCGUCUGGGGCCACACACCAUCCUGUCUCUACUGUUCUGGGACGAACUGCGGAAGCUCUGGCAGCAGCACAGAUAGUAGCCAGCCGGCAGGCAGGGCAAGCUCUACUCUGCCAGCAACACAGAUAGUAUCAGGAAAGGGAGACUCAGGCUGUGUUCCAGGCCAUCUGCAAAGCAGUUGCGCUGCAUAAAUUAACCAAUGAUUGCCACGUCA